GUUUAUUUUAGUUAGUAACGAGAUUUCGAGCGCACAACGUUGGCGGCGCGGUUGAAAAAUCAAAAUCAAAAUCAAAAGCUUAGCCACAGUGCGUACUCGCUAAGUUAAUAAAUGUGUGUGUUUGUUUGCGUGUGCUAAAGUGUUGGAGCGCGUUGUGCAGACAUGAAGUGAAUAAGAAAUUGGAAAAGCACUAAUAAAUAUAAAAAAAAAACACACACACACACAAAACACAAAGGAAAACGCAAAGAAACGUGUUGAAGCCAAUGAGCAAACCAGCGACCAGCAACAACAACAGCAGCAACAACAACAACAGCAGCAACAACAGCAACAACAACAACAACAACAACUAACAACAAGAUGCACACAACGGCCACAGAGGAAUAUGUGGCGUCAACGCGGCUGAGGCACAGCCUGGAUUUGGAUAUUUCCAAUAACGUUAUCGAAAUGGAAACAAAUCGGCAAAUGCCUGGCAAAAAUUGCAAAAAUAAUCAACAACGACGUGGACGACGACGACGAGCACGGACACAAUAUGCAGCCGGAGGACUAGCUGGCAUUUUUUGUUGGUCCAUCAAUUUGGCCAUUUUGAUUUGCCUGGCACAUAGCACAAAUGCCGUGCCCACCAACAGCAGCAGCAGCAGCGCAUCCUCUACAAUUGUCCCGGUCGCGUCGGUCACGCCGAGCAGCAUCAGUUCCAGUGCCAGCAGCAGCACCGAGACGCUGGCGGAGCAACAGCAGCCGCAGGGCCAAUGUCUGCUGGACGGGCUCUGGGUGCCGGAGACGACGGUGCACUGCGAGAAGCAGACAAGCUGCCGCGCCAUCCAGCGCACAGGACACUGUUGUCCCGAUUACAAAUGCGAUUGCGAAAAGGAUGGCAAAACUUAUGCGAACGGUGAUAAAUUGGUUGAUCCGGAUACACCGUGCACCGUGUGCUACUGCAAAGGUGGAGAAAUUGUGUGCAGCUCGGUGACAUGUUUCCGGCGCGACGAUUGCAUGCCCAAAUACGUGACCGGUCGCUGCUGUCCGGAAUAUGACAAUUGUCCCAUUCUGGACAACAAUCCGCCGCUGAGCAGCGAUACGAGCAGCGCAACGGCGCCAACCGCGAAGCCUGCGCCGGCUGCACCGCCCGCUGGCUUCAAUUGGAACAUAACCAUCAAGGAGAUUACCAAGCCGACAGAGAUACGCAUCACCGAUGACAAUCACAAGCCCAAACAGACGAUACCCACACGCAAGGCGGCCAAUACGGAGGCGCCGCCGGCAGCAACAAGCACGACAACAACAGUUGCUGAUAGCACGACAGCAGCAGCAACAGUUGCUGACAGCACAACAGCAGCAGCAACAGCGACAGCAACAACUGAAGCCACAGCAACAACAUCUCCAGCAACAGCAGCAACCAGCACGGCGGCAACACCAACGCGAAGCUUUGGGCUAAGCAAAGACAACAACCAGAAAGCACUUCCAGUCAAUGGGAGCGAGAGCUUAAAGCUCAUUGCCUCGGUGGGCUACAUUGAGCGACCGCUCUCGCAUGGCAAUCACAUUGUUGUUGGGCAGCAGCUGAAGCCGCUGGUCACCUACAAUGCGGACGGACUGCAGCCGCUGGCCGAGAACGAUCCCAGCAAGGUGAACAUCAAGCGCGAAUAUACCACAGAGGGCGUGGCUGGGCUGUUGAGCAGCAAGCCAGCAGCCGAGUCGGAGCUGGAGCCAGACACAGCGGGCAGCGACAAUAUUUACCACAUAAUCUCCACCACAGAAGGACCCAACAGCAGCAGCAGCAGCAGCAGCAGCACGGAGCACCAACUGAGCACGGAGGGACCCUUGCACAUAAGCGAGGAGAGCUCCACAUAUUAUGGCAAUGCCACCAUGGAGCUGGAAUCGAGCACAGAGGGUUUGAUUUCUACCAGCAGCAGCAGCAGCGGCAGCAGCAGCGAAUCGCCCGCUUCGAGCACUGUGCAGCCCGUGCAUCACAUGGAUGAGGAUGAGGUGCCGCAGGUCGAGUCCAAUCCCGCGUAUCCCUCGCUGCCCGAAGAUGAUUUCAGUUUGCGCGAUGUUAACUUUCCGCUGUCCGAGCUGGACGAGAUUGUCGAGGCGGAGAACAAGGAUGAGCAGCGCAGCAUUAUCAGCCCCUUUGAGCGUGACAACAAACGCACCAAGCUGGUCACUGAGAACAGUCUGGAUGCCAGCGGCGGAGGCAGCGGCGCUGGCAGCGGCAGCGGCAGCGGUGACCUGGAACUGUUUCAGUCAUUUGGCUCCACAACGGAGAACAUGCUGGUGCAGGCGUCCAGUGUGGAAAAGGUCACAAUGUCGGCGCAAGUGCCGCUGAUGUACAGCGCCGAGGACAGCUCCGCGGAGACACGCAUACAAAACGUCAACGAGCUGGCCAAGAUCAGUGCCAGGCAGAGCGAGAACGAGACCAGCGGCGAGCUGGACAACGGCAGCGGCAGCGGCGAGCUACGGGAGCCAACAACGCCGCGCGCCAAUACACGCGUCCAGGCGCUGGACAUUGAUGAGCUGGGCUCGGGCGCUGGACAGGCACAGGGCACGGCACAGGAUCCCAAGGCAGAUGCCGAGAGUCUCAAGCUGGACGAGAGCCAGGAGCAGCAGGCGGACCCUGGGGCCAACACAAAUGCCGCUGGCAAGGCGUCCUCUCGUGCCGAGAAGAGUUUCGUGGAAGCGGAUCAGCGUCUGGAGCGUCUCUUUCUGCAGCGAAUAUACUAAAAGCAGGUAGCACAACAAAUUUAUAUUUGGUGUAUAUAUAUACUAGAACACAUAGCAGAGCUGUAAUUUUCAAUUACCAUAAACAAUUACCUAAACGAUUAAUUCAGUAAUUAAAAUUGAGAAGUGAAUUUGACAAGUUGCAAUUGCCUUAAUAAUUGUGACAACAACUAAGUAAACGCCAUGGUAAUUCAACUAUAAUUACCAAGUAAUUAAAACUUAAGAAACGCAUUACUCAAGUAAUUGAAAUUCAUGAGUGUUUCGUUUUUUUUUUUUCAAUUCACACUGAAGCGAUUAUUAAUUAACGAAUGUAAUGAUUACAGCUCGAUUACAUAUCGAUUAUCGAUAGGCGGCUAUCGAUAUUGUUUCUAAAAAUCGAAAAGUCUUAAGUUUAAGUAGCAAGAAAAGAAAGCAGCAUUAUAAAAAGAAAAAAAAACUAAUUACUUUCACCGACAACACAUAUAAGGCAAAAUUCAACUCGCGCGUUAUUCAAACUUGAAUUUAUCUAGAAUUUAAGUUCGCCUUACAAUUAGCAACAAUUACAUAUACAACAGGAAAACAUAAAGCUGGGCUCCCCAAAUGCAAUAAAUAUAUUUUUAUUAAAUUUUCACUAUGUGCACAUUGUGUGCAAAAAGAAUAGAAAUUUGCUUAGUUAUAGAAUUUAUUUAUUCAUAUAAAUAAAUAAAUUUAAAAAGUUUUUCGUAAGUUAAGAACACAUCAAAAUCCCUAAAACAUUUCACAAUGCCACGCCCACAAACACAUAAAAAAGUGCCCACAAAAAUUGUCAUUGCACAAAAUUAUGAAACAUAUUAUUUAACUUGUUUUAUUUACUAUGAAUUUAUUUAAUAUUUAAUUUAUUGCAUAAAACAAAAGUAUAAAAAAGAACGAAUGGCAAAUGCUCUA